ACCCUGUACCCAGGACAGGACACUGCCCCCCCAUUUUCUCAGGACCUCCUGCCACCCAAGGACCAUUUAUUUCCAGCCCCUCCUGUCAGGAGGACUCUCACAGGAACCCUUAAGAACACUAGUACUGCUCGUCAUGAGCGAAUUCUGGUUGUGCUUCAACUGCUGUAUUGCAGAGCAGCCCCAGCCGAAACGACGGAGGCGCAUUGACAGGAGUAUGAUAGGCGAGCCAACCAACUUCGUCCACACAGCUCACGUGGGAUCGGGAGACCUCUUCAGUGGCAUUAACUCUGUGAACUCCAUUCAGAACCAAAUGCAGUCAAAGGGCGGCUACGAAGGGGAUGCAAUGCCUGUGAAUGUUCAGCUACAAUUGGUGGACACCAAAGCAGGAUAAUAAAGAAGAGCUGCAUGCUUCUCCACACUGGUGUUCUCAUUGCCCCCCUCCCCCCAUGCCUGCCUUCAGUGACAGCUGGGAUAAAGGUGACAAUGUUCAUUGGCCAAACCCCCCCCCUUCCCCUCGCUGUUGGGACAGCAGCGUCAACACUUGAACCAGUUUUCACACAGAACGGUCUGAUGUUGUCGUCCCCAUUCCUCCCCUUCCCUUUCUCCUAACCCAUCCCACAGUUGAGACAGAUGACGGACAGCAGUGCUUCAGUUUUAGUGUACCUCACUUUCCAACUGCAACCUGACCGCUAGCAUGCUCCUCAUCAUUGCAAAAGUGCAACAUGUUGGAAUGCCUACUCUUACCUGUGAAAUAUGGUGUCUCUUUCUUUGCAUUGUCGAUGCUUUGAUUUUGAAGGUCUGGAACCUACAAGUACAAUUGUUGAUUUUUAUUAAAUUGUAUUUCUUUGUAAUGUCUAACUAGGCUGUCAAAACAGUGGCUGCCCACAUGUGAAAAUUGGCUUGCUACUGCCAUUUGGUGCCAAAAUGUCUGUAGCUAACAUGGAAUGAUGGUAAAUUGUUCUGACAAAACGACUGGUACUGGCAGAAAUGUUGUUUACAGUCUGUGCUCAUUCCUUUUUCUUUUUUCCACAAUAACUGUUGUCUUUGGACAAAGUAACAAAUUGUGAAAUGUAUAUUUGACUUGACUGUUUUAAAUGUAAACUAUUGGAAUAAACUUGGGCUGUAAGUAUUCGCAAUGCAGUAAAAUCUUAAGAAACAGAUUGUGUUUGUAAUAUAGAGCAAGCUAUUGUUAUGACAAUUAGUUUAUCAAUUGUACAACCGGACCAUCAGUCUUUGACGCAAACCCAAACUCUUACAUUCACUUGAAAUUAUCUCUGACUAUAAACUUGGCACAUCUCAGAAUGAAACAAAAAACCUUUGGACGCUUUCUGUCAUCUUUUGUCUAUGGAAUCACUUGAGACCAUAGUAGAGGCCAGGACAGCCACAAUUUGUGAGAAAACAAAUGCCAGUAUGAUUCUCAUCAGCACAUAGUAUG